AUGGAGGUCGGCAUUAAGCCGAAACGCCAGUCAAUCCUUAUUGGUCAACGUUCAAUUGACGAAUAUGGUGAACAAAACAAAGGUCCUAAGUUUGUUAUUUGGAUAAUUGGAAUAUUCAAAAAAUGGGGUUUCAUAGUAGCAGACCAUGCAUGGCUCGCGAUCUUCAUCUGCUUAGCUAUUUCCGGAUUAUGCUUGAUAAAAAUCGUGACAACACAACAGCGUAACGAUAUUAAGGGAUAUACCCCGUAUGGAGCACGAGCUAAUGAUGAAUGGGAUGAGUAUGAACAUUUUUUUUCCACAAAAGGUUUACCUAUAACAGGCUAUUUAUUCAUUAUAGCUAAAGAUAAUGGUAGUAUGCUUAGACCUGACUAUAUGGAAGAAACUAUAAAGGUUCUUAACUAUGCAAUGAAUAAUGUUACAAUAAAGGAUCGAAUAACUGGCAAAGAGGAGAAUUAUAACCAAUUUUGCAAUUCGUUUUGUCAAAUAAACGAGCCUGUUCGACAGUUUUACAAUGGUUUUCAAAUUCUGAGUGAAGAAGGUGAAAGUCGACUUGGACGUAUCAACUUAAGCUAUCCAAUAACUUCGAUAUUCGGACGUAGUUUCAGUGUUCAGCCAAAUUUCUUUGGUGUUGAACUCUUUGAUGACGAUGUUAGACAUGAUGAGAUACCAAAACUAUUAAGUGGCGAAGAUGACAUAAUCGAACUGAAUUCGACUGUUCGGGCAAUUGUUGACCCAUUAGCUCGUAUAACCAAUAUUAAGUCAAUCAAAAUGAUAACUCUACAAUUCCGUGCUGAACACAAAGCAGGAUGGGAAGAAGAAGAUGUAAAACGUUGGGAAAUGCAGCUUGUGGAUGUCUUUGAGAAGCGAUAUCAAUCAUCGAAACUGAAAAUCUAUGCAUAUUCUCAGUCGUAUGUUGAAGAAGAGAUGGUACGGGGAGGAAUCAUUAUGCUUCCAUACUUGGUUGUCGGAUUUGUCAUUAUGUGCUUAUGCAGUAUUGCAUCUGUUAUGAUCAGAGCAUUAUAUAUGCAUCAACAGAAUUUCUACAAGAUUAUAUUGGCUGUCAUGGCAUGCUUGACACCUUUGCUGGCUUGCGCCACAGCCUUAGCCAUCAUGUUUUUGGCUGGUACAAGAUUUGCUUCGAUAUUGUGUGUCAUACCUUUCCUAGUUCUCUCAAUCGGUGUUGAUUCUUCCUAUUUGAUGAUUCAUGAAUGGCAAAGAGUCACCAAGCAUAUAAAAGAAAGUCCUCGAAAGAAAGAUAGCGUUGGCCAUAGAAUGAGUGAAGUUCUAUCUGAAGUUGGUCCUGCUAUCUUGAUUUCUUGUUUAACGAAUAUGUUCGCUGAUGCUGUUGGUUCAUUCACAUCCUCUCCAGAAAUCACACUACUCUGCACGGGUAACAUGGUGUCCAUGUGUUUUGCUUUCUUAUACCAGAUGACAUUCUAUGCCGGUUUGAUGUCCAUAGUUGGGCGUUAUGAGAUUGGAGCUGAAGUAGUGGAGAGAAGUACGAUGGAAGUUAAUAUUGCCGAGAAUAGAGUUAACAUCGCCCGUCAUCAUCGUCCACUUACUCGUCAACCUUCGAAGUUCCAUGAAACAACCAAACCCAUCAUCAGUAAAUUCAUGCAGCGCUAUGUUGACUUCAUGACAACCGUACCUGUCUACGUAGGAGUUGUACUUGUAUACCUAGGUUAUGUUAUUUUCAGUAUUUAUGGAAUAACUACUUUGAACAUACAACUGACUGCUGAUAAGCUAUUCGCUCUUGAUUCGCCUUUGCUCGAACUUGACAAGCUCCGUGUUAACUACCAAGUUCCUCAUUACUCAAUGGCUACCAUUUUCGUAAACACUCCGGGAAAUCUGUCAGAUCCACAGAGACUGAAUAGAAUGAAUGAAUUUGUAGCUGAUAUGGAAAGAUUGAAUGGCACAUGGGGUAAGUCUUGGGGUGUUUCCGGUACGCGCUACUUUGCUCGCGACUUCCAGACGUUUGAGAAAUCUUUCACGGACGACAGUGAUUACGAUGAAGAUGAAGAUGACUCCAGUAAUAAGACUGCUAUAGCUGCAAGCGACGAUGAUUCAUGGCCUACACUUUUCAUCGAAUCACAACUUCAAUACUUCUUGAAAUGGCCAGAAUAUGAUUUCUGGGAGGGUUUCGUUAAGCUGAAGAACGGAACAGAAGACCAUCUUGUACUUGAAAAGUUCUUCUUCACCGCAGGAUUCCAUGGAGAGAAUUUGAAGAUCUGGAGCAACAGAGGUGUUAUGCUUCAAGAAUGGAGAAAAGUAGUUGACAAAUAUCCAGACUUCGGAGCAUCCGUUUUCCAUGAAGAUGGUGUAUAUCUUGAUCUGAUCGACAACAUGGCAACUGAUACAUGGCAGUCUGUUUUGGGAACACUAGUUUGCAUGGCAUUUGUGUGUUUCAUUUUCCUGAAUAACAUGUUCACAGUGGCUAUUGCCUCUCUUUCUGUUCUAUCCAUUUGUGCAGGAAUUCUUGGAAUUCUUUCUUGGUGGCAUGUCGAUUUAGAUCCUAUCACUAUGGCUGCUAUGAUCAUCUCUAUUGGUUUCUCUGUGGAUAUACCUGCUCACGUAUCUUAUCACUACUAUCAAGCUUCAUUGUCAUCUCAUCCAACUGCUCGACCUGCCGAUAACUUGGCCAAUUGCCUGUCUUCUGUAGCUUUCCCGGCUGUUCAAGCAGCAUUAAGUACGAUGUUAUGUGUUUGCAGUUUAUUAUUUGUCAACAUAUACAUGGCUGAAGUCUUCGUUAAAACAAUGGUUUUAUGUGUUAUUCUAUGUAAUCUCCAUGGACUGCUGUUCCUUCCAGCAAUUCUCAUCAUGCUCGACAGCAUUCGAUGGGCUUGCAGACCAAAAGGAGCUGCCGCACAAGUACCACCAGUGCGAAUCACUCCACGUAAAGGAUCAAGAACUAAGCAUAAGUUGCAACAGGUUCAACCAGUUAAAAGCUCAGUCCCUGAUCGUCCAGAAAUUUAA